AUGGCCAGACUCUCGUGGAUUCUAACUGCUCUUUUUGUCAUCCUAGCCUUGAUGACCUUUGCCAUUGAUAUUUCUUUGGCUCAAGAGAAUCAGAAUGCUGGUGCAACCGUCCACCCUCUAACUACUGGAGGACACGGAUCACCUCCUAGUAAAGCGAUAGAUUGCCCAAAGGCAUGCAAGCUUCGAUGUUCACCAACGUUACAUAAGAAGCCAUGCAUGUUCUUUUGCAAUAAAUGGUGCGCUAAGUGUCUUUGUGUUCCAUCGGGCACACAUGGACACAAGGAAAACUGUCCCUGCUACAACUACUGGAAGGCGAAAGAAGCGGGUCGUCCCAAGUGCAAGUGCCCAUGAAUUAUGCCAAACCAUUGAUUUAAUUUGCGAAGAAGUAUGUUUCUUUUUAAUUUUUUUUUUCUUCUUCUGUUUUUGUGUUUUUGUUUCGCUAGGCAUCUCUUGUAGACGGCUUUUUUUCUAGAGCAAUAUGAUGGAGAGCUUUUUGUUAGAAUUAUAAUAACUAGAAAUCAGCACACAUUUUGUGUGUGGAAGUGGA